GUGAUACUCAAUUGGUAAACUCAGUAUGAAUCAGCUGUGUGUUAUGUGUUUUGGUUUGUUUACAUAGAAAAUUCAGUUAACCUCUUAAUUCGUAAUGGAAAUAUUGACAAUGAUAAGGGUAACACAUCAAAAGCGCCCUUGAUAUGGGAAUGAAUUGAUUUGAUCGAGAUGGUCCAUAUUCCUAACACAUAUGCAUACGAUUUUUGGCUUGAAAACACACCCGAUCCAGUUGUUGAGCUGAGUUGUCUUAUGCCAAAUAGCAUAUUCAUUCCUCUGAAAGUUAACAGAAAUGCAACACUACAUGAAAUCAAGGAGGAUCUGUGGGAGGAGGCUGCGCGGUAUCCCUUAUAUGGGAUGCUGCACGAUGCCUCCUCAUACGUAUUCGCAUGCAUCAAUUCGAUGGCGGAGAACGAAGAACUGGAUGACGAGAACAGACGCAUAUGUGACAUACGCCCAUUCUGCUCCGUGUUACGAAUUAUUGAACGUAAAGGAAAUAAGGCGGAGAAGUCACUAAAUAAUCAGAUCAGCCAUCUUAUAGGAAAGGGACUUCAUGAGUUCGAUUCUUUAAAAAAUUCUGAAGUGAAUGAUUUUCGUUGGAGGAUGAAAAAUCUUGGAGAUGAAAUAGCGCAAAGUCGACAAAACAUGUCAUGGUUAGAUAAAAUGAAUUAUCAGUACCCUCCAAGGCUUUCAGCAUCUCCUGUUCCUCCUCCAAAUGUGAGCUGUCGCUUGAGAGAAGGCAACUUUGUGCUUGUAACAAGAUUUGAGAAUACAGAGACAUCUUUUACUUUCAAUAUUCCAUACACUAUGACUCCGCACAAGUUGCUGGUGACUGUUCUGAACAAGAAAGCCAUCACACUCAAUUCACGAGGUGAACACCCAUCGGACUUUGUGCUCAAAGUUUGUGGACAGGAGGAGUAUUUGGUGGGUGAUUAUCCAAUCAUUCAGUUCCUGUAUGUUCAAGAGGCAUUAGCCGCAGAUCUUACACCAACACUUGUUGUGGUUUCAGUCAACAGCGUUCCAGUUGAUAUUGACAAUGUGUAUGAGGAUGCUGAAGAUGUAGAAAGGAAACCAAGGUCAUCGUCUUCAACUUUAACUUGGAAAAAGAAGGGGAAGCAUUUGUCAUCGUGGUCCAUAGAUGUGAAAUUUGCAUUCCGCAUAAGUGCCAUAUGCCGCCUGAACUGCGAUGUAACACGAACAGAGGUGGGAGUGCAAGCAGGCCUCUUUCAUGGAGGUAAGUCACUUGCUGAGCCGCAGAAGACAAGUGAGAAGCAAGUGUCGAAGGAUGGGGAGUGUGAGUGGGAGGAGGAUUUGCAGUUUGACAUACAAGUCUGUAACAUCCCACGAAUGGCACGUCUCUGCCUUGUUGUUUAUGAGAUCUCAAAGACUGCCAAAGGUUCCAAAUUUCGCAGAUUAAAGGAUUCAAAGCAGGAGCUGUUCAUCAAUCCUUUGGCUUGGGUAAAUACAACAGUAUACGAUUUUAAAAAUCAAUUGAAGAUUGGAGCAAUGACACUGUACAUGUGGACGUAUGCAGAAGACACACAGACUGAUGACAUCCUACAUCCAUUAGGAACAGUUGUAUCAAAUCCUAACGUUGAACAUGCUACUGCCUUAACCAUCACUUUCCAUAGGUAUGAUGCAGAACGAACUGUCAUGUACCCAUCACCUGAAAAAGUAUUGGAGUUUGCAAGUAGCCAGGAGACCCCAAGUGGCACAGAAGGGGAGAACAUGGCUAGUGCUGAAAUACCAGGCAUGCAACCAAUGGUGUUCCUGGAACAACUAAGACAGGCUGCUGAGAGAGAUCCAUUGCAUGAAUUGCAUGAACAGGAGCGCAAAAUAAUUUGGAGUCUUCGAUACGACUGUCUUGCACAUUUUCCACAGCUGCUCCCAAAAUUACUUGACUGCGUCGAAUGGAAUGAUCACAGAGAGGUUUCAGAAGUGACUGCACUUUUGAGAAGGUGGCCGAAACUACCAGUGGAAAAAGCACUUGAGCUGCUCGACUAUGCAUAUGCAGAUCAAGCAGUUCGUAGUUUUGCUGUACAGUGUCUUAAAAGUGUUAGUGAUGAAGACCUCUCAUUGUACCUGCUUCAGCUUGUCCAGGCACUGAAACAUGAAGCUUAUUUGUACUGUGAUCUUGUAGAGUUCCUGUUACGCCGUGCUCUGAUGAACCAGAAAAUAGGUCACUAUCUUUUCUGGCAUCUCAGGUCUGAGAUGCAGGUGCCCUCAGUUUCAGUGAGAUUUGGGCUGAUACUGGAAGCAUACUGCCGGGGAAGCAAAGAACACAUGAGGGUCCUGGCACGACAGGUAGAAUUUCUGGAGCGAAUGAGGGAAGUCAGUGAACUUGUGCGACAGCGGCGUGACAAAGAUAAGGCACGAGCUUGUCUUCAAGAAAAUUUGGAACAGCCACACAUUGGUGAUGCAGUUUCACGUGUUUUGUCUCCUCUUGACCCUAGUUAUCGGUGUAAACAUGUCAAGAUUGAAAAAUGCAGAGUCAUGGAUAGCAAAAUGAGGCCUUUGUGGAUUGUGUUUGAAAAUGAUGAUCCAUAUGGUGAUGACAUAUUUAUCAUUUUUAAAAAUGGUGAUGACUUGAGACAAGAUAUGUUAACACUGCAAAUGCUGAGAAUAAUGGACAAAUUGUGGAAAAACGAGGGUCUGGACUUGAGGAUGAAUCCCUAUGGAUGCAUAUCAACUGACAAUCGUGUUGGUCUCAUUGAAGUAGUUUUAAAUGCUGAAACAAUAGCAAAUAUUCAGAAGGAGAAAGGAAUGUUUUCUGCUACAUCAGCAUUUAAGAAGGGUUCACUUUUAGCUUGGCUGAAAGACAACAACCCAACUGAUGUUCAACUAAAUAAAGCAAUAGAGGAAUUCACAUUAUCCUGUGCUGGCUACUGUGUAGCUACCUAUGUGUUGGGUGUUGGAGACAGACACUCUGAUAAUAUUAUGGUGAAGAAAUCAGGACAGCUGUUCCAUAUUGAUUUUGGCCAUAUAUUAGGUCAUUUUAAAGAGAAGUUUGGUUUCCGGCGCGAACGAGUCCCCUUUGUGUUGACACAUGAUUUUGUUCAUGUAAUCAAUAAGGGACAAACAAAAAAGGAAGCGUUGGAGUUUCAGAUUUUUCAGAGGCAUUGUGAACAGGCAUUCCGAAUUUUGAGACGACACGGAAGUCUCAUCCUUUCAUUGUUUGCAAUGAUGAUCUCCACAGGACUACCUGAGCUUAGCUCAGAAAAGGAUCUCAAUUACCUAAGGGACACUCUUGUAUUAGAGAUGUCCGAGUCUGAUGCUCUCACACACUUCCGUUCCAAGUUUGAUGAGGCACUGUGUAAUUCGUGGAAGACAUCACUGAACUGGGCAACACAUAAUAUGUCAAAAAACAAUACCCAGUGAGGUGCUGAACUGAAAGUUGCUGAGUCUCCAUAAUGUCUCUUCACAGAUGGUUCUUUGUGAUAUUCUUCCAGGGCUCAAGCAGUUAACAGAACUUAAGAAUUUUAUUUCCGCAAUAACUAGAAAAAUGUGUGUGUGUGUGUGUGUGUGUGUGUGUGUGUGUGUGUGAAGGGAUGGAAGGAGACUGGGAAUGGAGACAGAAAUACUCAAUGAUUUUUAGAGGGUUUCAAGUUCACUAUUUAGUCUAAGUGUGGAGUGGCUUCCAGUACACCAAAUAGGAAUCAUCAUGUAUUGUUUGUUUGUUUUUAAAAAUUGCUUGAAAUAUUUGUGUCAUCUGUUAUCAGUGCACAGACCCAGACUAGUGUUUUCAGUAUGCUUCUACUCAGUAUUUAUUAAACAGCACUCAUAUCUUGAGCAUGUUAUAUUUUAGUUCUUAAUUAUGCGCUGUGCCUGAUAAUUUUCUAGUUCACCACAUUUUGGUAUUUGUUCUGCAAUACAAAUGUGAGUACAAUGUUGUAAAUAUUUGGAUGUGUAUAUUGAAAGUUGUAUGUAUAUAGAGUAC